AUGAUGUCCUCCGCCAUGCCGGACCUCACGGCAGACACGGUGCCACACCUGAAGGCCCAAGUGCAUCGCCGGCUCAGCGCGGAGCAGUUGGCGAGCAUCCAACUGGGCCAGCUGGGCUUCCGACCACUACAGGCGUCAGACAUGGAGGAGAUGAUGGCACUGCGGGGUGGCCUGAGACGUGACCAAAGGAAUCCAUGGUCAGAGCCCGCCAAAGACCCUCCCAAGGUUUGA